UCCAAAAAUAAAUAAAUAAAUAACCUACUACAGAGAAAAUACUCCCCACCCCCCGCGGUGAAUGGAAUUGAUUCGGGUUUGAACUUCCCUGCAGCUCAGUCAGCGAACAGGCUCCGGAUGUAAAGGGAGGCGUGGCGAGGAGCCCACUGUGCUGGUUUCUGAAAGACUGAAGCUUCCUGAACACCCCUUUUUUAUUCUAGAAUUUUUCACUCCCCAAACUUUUAUAUACUGUGGGGGCUGCUUGUGAGUCAAAAUGGCGGAACAAGGGCCAGCAGGCCUUUCACCAGGGGCGGAAUCACACAGAGAAGGAAAAGUUCUCCAUGGAAACCAGGCUGGGAGUAUCAGACAAUUUUUGCAAAGGAUACCUCUAGGCCAGGUUAAACAAGAACCGGAUGAGGGCCUGCUCCAGCAUUGGGAAGCCCAGUGGCAGGAGUUCCUGAGGAAAAUGGAGUCUCCUCACUCAGACUGGGGGAUCCCACAGUUGCCAGAGGAGUCCAUGCCCUGGGUGGACACAAAGGGCUUUUUGGCCUCCUUCGAGCAAGUAGCGAAAGCCUGCCGGUGGCCCAGGGAAGAGUGGGUGGCCCGACUCCUGCCGGCCCUCAGUGGAGAAGCCGAGCGGUCCUUUAUUGGUCUGGAUGCAAGUGACAGAGAGGAUUAUGGGAAGGUGAAGAUGGCCAUCUUGAGAGGGGACACCAUGAGCAGGGAGGAGCAGCGUCAGCGCUUCAGGUCCUUCUGCUACCAGGCGGCCGAGGGGCCAAGAGGGGCUUAUAGUCGACUCCAGGAGCUUUGCCAGGGUUGGCUGAAGGUGGAGAGGCACUCCAAAGAGCAGAUCCUGGAGCUGCUGAUCCUGGAGCAGUUCCUGACCAUCCUGCCACUGGAGAUCCAGAGCUGGGUGAGGGAACGUGGUCCUGAGUCCUGCACUCAGGCGGUGGCCCUGGCUGAGGAUUUCCUGAAGAUGCAACAAGAGGCUGAGAGACUGGAAAAGGAGGUGUCAUAUGAGAAUGCAGCUGGGAGUGCCUCCGUGGUAGGCCAAGCUCUGUCUGGUGUCAAGCAGGUGCCGCUGUGCAUGGAGACCAAGCAGGAAGAUGAUGACAGAGAGGCCCUCCUGUUUGAUCACGGGCAAGCAAGUGGAUGUGAAAAGGAAGAUAAUGUAUUGGAAAAUCUUUCACAAGUGGAACAGGACGGCGGUGUUUGGACAAGGGCCAUGGCUUUCCAGGGAUACGAACAGAGAACCACUUCCGGGAAUCCAUGCCAGCCAAAGAGGCAACAAAGAAUUAGGGUUUAUAAAUACUGUUCCGGUGAGGAAAGCAAUGCCUGCAAUGAAUAUUGGAACCAGAAGUCACUCACUCUAUCUAGGGAAGCCUUUAAAGAAGGAUCAGGUCUUCCAAAACAUGAAAAAGCCCAGAAUUUGCAACACCAGGGCACUGUGCCUCGGAAACGCCUCAGUCACAAGUACAGCCUUAUGAGACUUCAAAGGGCCCACAUACUGAUGAAACAGUAUAAGUGUUCUGUCUGUGAGAAGAGUUUCAGUCGAAACUCGCAUCUUCUCGCACAUGAAAGAACCCACACAGGGGAGAAGCCACACAAGUGCUCCUACUGUGGGAAGAGCUUUAGUCACAGUGCAAAUCUUAUUAGACACAAAAGAAUCCAUACGGGGGAGAAGCCACACAAAUGCUCCUACUGUGGGAAAACUUUCACACAGAGCUCUCACCUUGUCCUGCAUGAGAGGAUCCACACAGGGGAGAAACCAUAUCACUGCUCAACCUGUGAGAAGAGCUUUGCUCGCAAUUCAUUUCUCAUUAGACAUGAAAAAACCCAUCAGGGAGAAAAAUCAUAGACACAGAAGGCUAGAGGGGCCUUCUGCGCAAGUUACAGGUUUCUGGAUGACAUAGUUGCAGAAGCCAGAGACAUAACCCAACUUGCAGAAAAGGUUUUGUCAGAACUCACUCCUUAUGGGUGAGAAAAGGACCAUGGGAGAGAGAAGCCACAGGUUGUAUCAGAGCAUCCACCUCAUUCCAUGCGGCUGUCAAAGAAUAUGCAAACACUCCAUUAUAAAAGUGUUCAGUUUUGGAGCAACCAGAAUUCAUAUUUCAGCAUUAUUAUAACCUGCAUUUCCAAUGCAGCAUGAUCAAACUAAUUACUCUCUGAAAUCCAAUUCAGACAGCAAAAUAAUCUGGGGUUUGUCACCUAAUUAAAAACAUUUUAAUUGUUUAAUAGCAUGAGUUUUAAUCGAAUUCAAUCUGCAUAGGAAUUAAGCAAUUGUUCUGCAAGGCAGGGGGAAACACUGCCUUGGAAGAGACAGCCUGGUCACCAUUACCCAUGCUUUAGGAACCUGUAGGAAAGACUACUGUGAUGCACUGUUUGUAGGGCUGCCUUUGAAGACCGUCAGGAAUACAGCUGCAACGUCACCAACUUUGAUCUGGUGCUGGGAACACAUCUUACCUAUGAUGCACAGCUUCUCAGUCCAUUUUUGGGCACAGUUCAGAAUACGAACAUAAAAAAAGCCCUGCUGGAUGAGACCAAACGACAAUCUAGUCCAACAUCCUAUUUCCCACAUUGUCCAGCCAGAUGCCUGCAGGAUGCUCACAUGCAGGACAUGAGGACAACAGCCCACUCCCAGUGUUGUUCCCUAGUGACUGGUACCCAAGCAGCAUGUGCCCUGUGAUCCGGAAAGUUUCAUGUAGCCACCAUGUAGUAGCCAUAUCUUCCAUAAAUUUGUUACGAUAGCUUUAAACUGCUCACUGCCCUCUCUAGAGGGUGCAUGGCUAGGCCUAUGGAGCUCUGAAAUAUCCAAAGGAAUUAUUCCACAUACUGGCAGAGCAUUUGCUUUGCACCCAUGUUGGAAGUGUUGUGGUUUAACUCGGCUUGCACUAAAGGCUGAUGUGUCUGCAUGGGAAAGAGUAGACGGAGAGGAACCUCUGCUUCAUAAGAUGUUUUAAAGUUUUUUUAAAAAAUGUUUUUAAUGUUGUUUUGUCUUAAUGUAUUUUAAGGUCUUUUUAUUAUGUUUUAAAGUGUUUUUAGUGUUUCUGU